GAACUCAAGAGAGCAUGCUUUGGGAAUCAACAUUCAGUUGCACUUAAGAUUUCGUUCAGUAUUGAGGUUCGAGAGUCGUAUAAAAUUUUUUUUCAGAAAUAUAUCAAUAGGUUUGCUGCUAACACAAUGCAACUAUUUGGUGGGGGCGCAAAUUAGCUUAGCAAUCAAAGGAGCAUAAAUCAAUUCCAUCAAAACUCUGGACAAAAAUUAUCAGGAUGAAAAUGGCUAUCCAAUUGCCAAAGACGAUCAUCCACUAUUUAUCAGUACUGGCAAUACUAAGGGCAACUACGAUCACGGCAAGUGAUAAUCAACACUAUCUACCACCAUUGGAAUGUUACGAUCCAUACGGGAGACCGCAGCGCUGUAUACCCGAGUUCGAGAAUGCUGCAUAUCAGGUUGAAAUAGAGGCCACCAACACUUGUGGCGAAGAUGGUGUGACUAACUUUUGUGUGCAAACUGGAUACUCCAAUCGGAAGAGUUGCGAUGAUUGUAGAGAAAAUCAACAUGCUCCACAUUUUUUGACCGAUUUACAUGAUCCAACCAACCCUACAUGGUGGCAAUCAGAAACAAUGUUCGAAGGAAUCCAGUACCCAAAUCAAGUGAAUCUAACGCUAAAUCUUGGAAAAUCGUUUGACAUCACGUACAUUCGAAUUGUUUUUUACUCACCGCGUCCUGAAUCAUUUGCCAUUUACAAGCGAGUAACACCAAAUGGCACGUGGACUCCAUAUCAAUACUACAGUGCCACAUGCCGAGACACAUAUGGUCUUCCAGAUUCUCUUUCGGUAAUGAAGGGAGAGGAUGAAUCUCGUGCAUUAUGUACUAGCGAGUACAGUGACAUUUCACCCUUGCGAGAUGGUAAUAUAGCUUUCUCAUCGCUUGAAGGAAGACCCAGUGCAAUAAACUUUGAACACAGCCUGGAAUUACAGCAAUGGGUAACCGCCACUGAUAUUCGCAUAACGCUGGACCGCUUGAACACUUUCGGAGAUGAAGUAUUUGGCGAUGCUCAGGUGCUUCAAUCUUACUUUUAUGCUAUAGCCGAUAUUGCAGUUGGCGCCAGGUGUAAAUGUAACGGUCAUGCAAGUGAAUGUAUCACAAGUACCAGCAAUAGUGGUCAACGAGGACGAGUAUGUAAAUGCCAACAUUAUACCGAUGGGCCAGAUUGUGAAAAAUGUUUACCUUUUUAUAAUGAUGCACCAUGGGGACGAGCCACAUCGAAGAAUGUUCAUGAGUGCAAACCGUGCAACUGUAACGGAUAUUCAACGAAAUGUUUCUUCGAUCGUCAACUGUAUAAUUUGACUGGCCAUGGAGGACAUUGUAUCGAAUGUGGUGCCAAUCGUGAUGGACCGAAUUGUGAACGGUGCAAGGAGAAUUUCUAUAUGCGUGAAGAUGGCUAUUGCAUCAAUUGUGGUUGUGAUUCAACGGGAUCUAGGUCACUGCAAUGUAAUGCGGAAGGAAAAUGCCAGUGCAAACCUGGAGUAACGGGAGAAAAGUGCGAUCGCUGUGAAAAUAACUUUUACAAUUUCGGACCUCAUGGUUGUCAACCUUGUAAUUGCGACGUUAGAGGUUCCUUCGACAAUACUCCAUCAUGUGAUCCCAACACUGGAAUUUGUGCUUGCAAGGAAAAUGUAGAAGGACGUCACUGUCGCGAGUGCCGGCCGGGAUACUUCAAUUUGGAUUUGGAAAAUAAGUUUGGAUGUACUCCAUGUUUCUGUUAUGGUCAUACCAGUGAGUGCACAAGUGCUGCAGGAUACUCGAUAGUGUCUACCACUUCUAAUUUCAACAAGCAUAAAGAAAAGUGGACAGCCGCAACUGCAAGUGGAACUGCUGUAGAUAUCAAGUACAAUUCAAAAGGACAAACUAUCGGUGUCGGUGCGCAAGGAUAUGAACCGAUAUACUUCCUGGCUCCAGACCGUUUUCUCGGCGAUCAACGAGCAUCAUACAAUAAGGUUUUGAAAUUCCGACUUCAACUCGUUGGACAACCAAGACCAGAUGUGUCUACGUUUGAUGUCAUACUACAAGGAUCAAACAGUAGUAUAUCGCUGCCAAUAUUUGCACAAAAUCAACAAAUGCCUGAUGACGAGAUGAAAGAAUUUUCCUUCACGCUUCAUGAACAUCCUGAAUAUUCUUGGCAGCCAUCUAUGUCAGCUAGAGGGUUUAUGUCUAUACUGAGCAACCUCACUGCCAUUAAAAUAAGAGCUAUUUACUCCGACUAUGGCGAAGCAUUUUUGGAUGAUGUUGAAUUGCAAACUGCACAUCGAGGAGCAGCUGGGCGGCCAGCAACUUGGAUUGAACAAUGCACAUGUCCAGAAGGCUAUUUGGGUCAAUUUUGCGAAUCAUGUGCGCCAGGUUAUAGACACAACCCCGCUCUGGGUGGACCAUUUAUGCCUUGCAUACCUUGCGAUUGCAAUAAACAUGCAGAGAUAUGCGAUUCUGAAACUGGACGUUGUAUAUGCCAACAUAAUACUGCAGGUGAUACGUGCGAUCAGUGUGCAAAGGGAUAUUAUGGUAACGCUUUAGGAGGAACUCCUUAUGAUUGUAAACGUUGCCCUUGUCCAAAUAAUGGAGCAUGUAUGCAAAUGGCAGACGAAUCAGUGAUAUGCUUGGAAUGCCCAGUUGGAUACUUUGGCCCUCGAUGUGAACUAUGUUCCGAUGGCUAUUAUGGAGAUCCAACCGGUGUCCACGGUGCCAUUCGAAUGUGCCAAUCAUGCGAUUGUAAUGGCAAUGUUGAUCCAAACGCAGUCGGUAAUUGUAAUCGCACUACUGGUGAAUGCUUAAAGUGUAUUCACAAUACAGCUGGCGUCCACUGCGACCAAUGUUUACCAGGUCACUUUGGAGAUCCACUGGCAUUACCUCACGGUAACUGUGAACAAUGUAGUUGCUAUCCUAGAGGCACCGAACAAACGGACAAGGGCAUUUCCAUCUGUGAUCCCAAUAAUGGAAAUUGUCAAUGCAAGCCUAACGUAAUUGGUCGUAAUUGUAACGAGUGCAAGAAUGGUUACUGGAACAUAAUAUCUGGAAACGGUUGUGAAAAUUGCAAUUGUGAUCCAACGGGAAGCUUCAAUUCAUCAUGCGAUACAUACACUGGAGAAUGCUAUUGUAAGCCAGGAGUUGUCGGCAAAAAAUGCGACAAAUGUGCAGUAGCACAUUAUGGAUUUUCACUAGAAGGAUGUAACUCUUGUGACUGUGACCCAAGCGGUUCGAAGGGUUCCCAAUGCGAUCAAUAUGGACAGUGCCCAUGUAAUGACAAUGUCGAAGGUAGACGUUGUGAUCGUUGUAAAGAGAACAAGUAUGAUCGCCAUCAAGGUUGUCUCGAUUGUCCAGCGUGCUACAACUUAGUGCAAGAAGCAGCAAACGAACACCGUCAAAAGUUGGCUAACUUGAACAAAAUUUUACAAGACAUCCAAUCCAAACCAAUUGUAAUAGAUGAUAACGAAUUUGUAUCGAAACUAAGAGCCGUUCAAGAUAAAAUUGAUAUUUUAGUAGAAGAUGCAAAGAGUGGUUCUGGUGGAGGAGAUAAGACACUAAAUGAGAUGUUGCAAGAUUUAGAGAAACGUUUAGAAACUGUUGAAGAUUUACUCAACAAGGCAGAUCAAUCUCAAAAAACGAUGGAUUUGAAAAUAGGCAAAGGAACCAGCAAUGCAACAAUAGCAAACACUCAAAUAAAAGAGGCUCGUAAGGAACUUGAUAACGCAAUCGACAUAUUACAAACUGAUGGAAAUGGAGCCUUAAAUAGAGCUCGAGAUAUUUCAGGCCGACUGGGUAAUCAAACCAACCAAAUUAGUGGAAUUUCUCGAGAAGCCCGACAAUACGCAGAUCAGUUUAAAAAAGAAGCCGAUGAAAAUAAAAAAGAAGCUGAAGAGGCUCUUGAUAAGGCCACUAAGGCUCAUAAUAUGGCCAAAAAUACAAUUAACUUACAGUCUAACAUAAGCGAAGAAUUCCGAACGAAUAUUUCUUCUGAAUUACAACAAGCUAAAGACAAACUUAAUACAGUGUCAAAGUUAACAGAACAAGCAUUAACAAAAGCAAAUGAAGUGUAUGAUGAUGCUCUAUCCCUUUUCGUGGCAGUGAACAAUUUAUCUCCUCCCAGCAUUGAUAUUGACCAGAUCAAAAAAGAGUCCAACAGAUACAACAAAGAAGCAGAUAAAAUCAAUCAAGAUUUAGAUAUAACUAUAGAAGAUCACAACACUCUAUUAACCGACGUCAGCGAAAACAUAGAGCUUGCAAACACGCUACUUGAAAGAGCUGAGUCGCAGAAGGAUGAUGCGAUCAGAGCCGUCCAAGAGUUGGAAUUCGCAAGAGAAUUAGCGGAGAAAGCAGUAGCAGAAGGGGAUGGAACCCUUAAGAAAGCCAACUUUACCUACCACACACUCUCUGGGUUCAAAAAUCAAGUUGAAGAAUCGAAACAAAAAGCCGCAGAAGCCCUCAAAUCUGUGCCCAGUAUUAAAAGACAAAUAGAAAACGCUAUUGAACUGAUUGCCAAUUCAGAAGCAGCAUUGAAAAACGCCAACAUAAACGCUGCGGAAUCUCGUAGUAAUGCGCAAACCGCUCAGAAAAAAUACGCCGAAGAAGCAUCUAAGCUCGCUGACAACAUCAAAAAGAGAGCCAAUACAACGAAAAAUACUGCUCGAGAUUUGAGGCAUGAAGCCGACCAAUUGAAUGGCCGAUUAGCUAAAACUGAGAACAGUCUAUCCGAACGAGAAACGAAUAUUCGUAAGGAUUUCAACCUUACGAAAGAGGCUAAGGAAAAAGUUGGACAAGCUCAGCUCAACUCAAACGAAGCAAAAACGCAAGUCGAUAAAGCUAUGAAAGAUAUCAAGGCUAUAAUUGAUGAACUGGCUGAUUUACGCGACAUUGACGUUCAAAGUCUGGAUGCGUUAGAGGACCGUUUGAUGGCGGCUGAGAAAGAGUUGGAGGAUGCACAGCUUACAAACAAGUUACACGUGCUAAACGAGUCGAAAAACAUUCAGUCACAAAACAUCAAAAGUUAUCAACGCGAAUUAGCAGAACUGGAAACCGAAGUGGCAAAUAUCAAAAUGAUUGCAGACUCUUUACCUGAACAUUGUUACAAAAGAACACGACUCGAGCCAUAAAUAGAUCGUAUGUGACGGAACGCGAUAGCUGCCUUCUUCAUCAACAUCCGUGUUUCAUCGUCAUCAUAAAAUUCUAUGGACCGUUUGAUCAAAAUAAUGCAUUUAUAAAGCAUCGAUGUGCCAACCACGAACAAUAUAAUUUAAGACAUAUAUUUUAAAACAAUGUGUGUUUAAACGGGAAUGUCAGAAAAUACUCCGUCACUCGUAUUUAAUCAAUACUAAAAUUAUAUAUAUGGUUCUGAAAUACAAUUGUUCAAAC